CAGUUUAUAAAUGAAAUUUCCUUCGUUAUAACAGGCUUAAGCUGUGCUUUAUGAUUAUUAUCCGCUGUUUAUAUAAAACCCGUUGAUUUAUUUUUAUUCUAUUGUUUUCACAAGGUGCUCUCUUAUACCUCUCUUUUAAAAAAAAAUAUAAGAAAAUAAAAAAUCACCGACACCAAUCUUUUCUUUCUAUGAUUAAAACAGUUCGAAAAAUAUCUAAACCAUUAAACGGACUUGGUGCUUUUCUUCGGCCAUGCAAGCGAAUUGAUUUUUAUUACUGCAAUUGGGGCGGUAGUUCCGAAGGCAUGAAAGAGUUUUUAAGCCGAAAACUAGAAGUAUUUGCGAAGGAGAACGGUGAUAUUGAGUUUCAUGUUAUUCACCGUCCUAAUCAACAUCCAUCCAUCAAGUCAUAUUACGUAAAUGGUCGCAACGAAGAAUUCAUUACUCGAAAGUUCUCGGCUUCAGAUAUUCUUGAACAAGCACUUCAGUGCUCAGAAUCAGACGGUCUGAAACCUCGCUUUGUCAAGCAACCAGUAGAAUCAUUGAAUCCUUCUGUUCGUGGUGUUUGGAACCCAUUUUCAGAAUUCGCAAAACCACCUACUGUCAUUCAAAAAGGCUUAUACAAGAAACGUAAAACAAAAAGCUCACACGAAAUAUGAGUGCAAUGACCCAGUUAUAAUGUCUAUAAAAAUACAAUUUAUGUUUGCGAAUCCGUUUCAAUACAGCAG